AUGGGACCCAUCCCCUGUUACUACUCCCCCGUCCUCUUCCUCCUCCUCUCCCUCCUCUUCCUCUCCCAGCCCUGCAAUUCUUCAUCAAGGCCCCAGGUUGUGCAGCGGGCGUCGGGGACUCAGCAGCCCCAGGCAUCGGGUAAUACCACGGGGUCCAGCAAGCGGGCAUGCACGAGCCCGGUGGUGUGCAAACCGGGUAUCCUGCUGCCAGUGUGGAUGCCAAUCAACCCUCCCAUUGGGGAGCAGACGGGGAGGGCAGUGGUGUACUUCAUUUGCCUCAUGUACAUGUUCCUGGGGGUGUCCAUCAUCGCAGAUCGCUUCAUGGCCUCCAUAGAGGUCAUCACCUCUCAGGAAAAAGAAGUUACCAUCUCCAACCCAAACGGAGAGACAACAGUAACUACUGUGCGAAUCUGGAAUGAGACCGUGUCCAACCUGACUUUAAUGGCCCUGGGCUCUUCAGCACCGGAGAUCCUGCUCUCCGUCAUCGAGGUGUGUGGGCAUAACUUUGAUGCCGGGGAGCUCGGUCCGGGCACCAUCGUGGGCAGCGCGGCCUUCAACAUGUUCGUGAUCAUCGGCGUGUGCGUUUGGGUGAUCCCUGUCGGAGAGUCUCGCAAGAUCAAACACCUGCGGGUGUUCUUCAUCACGGCUUUCUGGAGCAUCUUCGCCUACAUCUGGCUCUACCUCAUACUGGCUGUCAUCUCACCUGGAAUUGUAGAAGUGUGGGAAGCCUUGGUGACCCUGCUCUACUUCCCUGUGUGUGUUGUCCUGGCUUGGAUCGCCGACCGCCGUCUGCUCUUCUAUAAAUACAUGCACAAGCGGUACCGUGCGGACAAGAGGCACGGCAUCGUGGUGGAAAUGGAAGGUGACCUGGCCCCCAAGGGAAUUGAUGUGAUCCUGGACGGAAAGCACUCCGACGCCAACGCGUGUCCUGGAAACUCGUCCACCGUGACCGUCUCUGUGCAGACAGGCAACGAGCUCGACCAGAACAGAGACGAGGUGGUUCGCAUCCUGAAAGACCUGAAGGAGAAGCACCCUGACAAAGACCUGGAGCAGCUGAUUGAGAUGGCCAACUACUCGGCGCUAGUUCAGCAGAGGAAGAGCCGCGCCUUCUACCGCAUCCAGGCAACGCGCUUGAUGAUCGGCGCCGGCAACGUGUUGAAGAAACACGCCGCUGAGCACGCACGGCGCUCUACCACCAACGGGGCCCAAGAGGAUGACAGCGCCACCUGUUCCCACAUUUCCUUUGAAUGUGCCCAGUACCAGUGCACAGAGAACUGUGGCACUCUGAGUCUGGGGGUGAUCUGUGAGGGGGGCACGGGCCAGAACACAUUCUACGUGGACUACCAAACAGAAAACGGGUCUGCUAAUGCUGGCGCUGACUAUGAAUUUGCUGAGGGAACCCUGGUGUUUAAACCUGGGGAGAACCGCAAGGAGAUAAAGGUGGGCAUCUUGGACGAUGACAUCUUUGAGGAGGACGAGCACUUCUUUGUGCGCCUUCAGAACCUGAGGUUGGAGGAAGGCAGCGGUGAGAUCGGGACAGGAACACCGCCCAAGGGCCGGCUGGUGGAGCCAGUGGUUGCCAUGGUGACUAUUUUUGACGAUGACCAUGCUGGCAUCUUCACAUUUGGCCAAAAGGUGCUCCGGGUGAGUGAGAGCUCCGGCACAGUGGUGGUGACGGUGGUGAGGAAUUCAGGUUCCAGGGGAGUGGUCGCUGUGCCUUACCAUACAGAAGAUGGCAGUGCCCGUGCAGGGGUGGACUAUGAGGAGACUAGAGGAGAGCUGGAAUUCACCAACGAACAGACCAGUCAGACGUUGUCGAUACGCAUUAUCAACGUGGAGGAGUACGAGAAGCAGGAAACCUUCUUCAUAGUGCUGGAGGAGCCGAGGUGGCUCAAGAGAGGAAUCUCAGCACUGCUGCUAAACCAGGGCAACCCCAGCCCUGAGGAGGAGGAGGCCAGGCGGGUUGCUGAGAUGGGUAAACCCAUACUGGGCGAGUACAGCAAGCUGGAGGUCAUCAUAGAAGAGUCCUGUGAGUUUAAGAGUACAGUGGACAAGCUGCUGAAGGACACUAAUCUGGCUGCUGUGAUUGGUACUCAUUCCUGGAGGGAGCAGUUCAUCGCAGCAGUGACAGUCAGCGCAGGCGAUGAAGAAGAGGAGGGACAAGAGCAGCGGGUGCCGAAUUGCUUUGACUAUUUCAUGCACAUAGUGUCAGUAUUCUGGAAGCUUCUGUUUGCCUUUGUCCCACCCACUGGCUACUGGAAUGGCUGGGCUUGUUUCAUCGUGUCGAUCCUUGUGAUUGGCUUUCUAACGGCUAUCAUUGGGGACCUAGCGUCCCACUUUGGCUGUACUGUAGGUCUGAGGGACACUGUCACUGCUGUGGUGUUUGUCGCUCUGGGAACUUCCAUCCCAGACACCUUUGCUAGUAAGGUUGCUGCCCUGCAGGACCAGCAUGCCGAUGCAUCUGUGGGCAACGUGACAGGAAGCAACGCAGUCAACGUUUUCCUGGGCAUUGGGGUGGCCUGGUCCGUGGCAGCGAUAUAUUGGAAGGUCAAAGGUCAAGAGUUCCACGUGGAGCCUGGCUCCUUGGCCUUCUCUGUCACACUCUUUACCAUCUUCGCCUUCAUCAGCAUGGGGUUGCUGAUGCUACGCCGGAGGCCAUCCAUAGGUGGCGAACUAGGAGGCCCGUGGAUCACCAAACUGCUGACAACGCUCACUUUAUUUGGUCUCUGGUUCCUCUACAUCCUCUUCUCGAGCUUGGAAGCCUACUGCCAUAUACAGGGCUUCUGA